CAUAUUUGGCCCAGUGAUCCAUGCAGUCCUCAAACCAACACAACUAGAUGCAUGUAGGACUUUCUCAAACUGCAUCUGAUGGCUUUGUGCUGUUGGAAAAAACAGUAAUGUAAAUUUGUAUUAAGUUUAAAAUCCGCUAUAUUUCUGUUGAUUUUUUUUUGGCAUUUUCCUCAAUAAGGCUGUUUUAAAAUCGGUUUGGCAGUGCCACAGUGGGAACUUCAGUUAGCCGAGGGUAAACAUGUAAGAUGGAUCCUGUAAGACAGAGUGACUCCUUCCCAGAGCGUUAUAGUCUGUCCCAGGAUGUUACUAUAGAGGCAGAAGGAGGUCAUGAGAUGACCUUUGAUUCAUCCCUGCGCUCUUCGCUUGGUCAGAUGGGGGAUCCCAUGUUCGUUUCCACAGGCCGCAAGAUCAGAAAAGAUGUCGAGGAGAGCAUGACAUCAUCUCAGAUGUCAGUUGCUAGUAUGCAGAGCACAUCCUCCUUAGGGAUACUCCAGCUAGACUCCAUGGGAGACCUAUCCACAAGUCUUCUUCAGCUUGAUGGGAGUUAUAACAUGUCGCGAUUCAGCAAUGGCACUCUAGAUGGUCAGGAGAAUGGCCAAGAGAAUCCAAGCAACGACAGAAAUAGUGAACUGGAGCCAGGUGAGCGAGGAAAUGCUACAGGUAUUGAAUCCAUUGAGAGCAGUGAGAUAGACACAGAGGAUGAACUGGAAGCUGUUAGGAGAGAAAACGCCAAGCGAGUGCUGUAUCCAGCCUCCUCAGAAGACCGAGUCAGUCUUCAUGCCGGGGAUGGUGGGGAGAGCAGUGGCAGUGAGGACACUCGCCAAUCACGGCCUGGUCUGGAAGGCGGAAGCUCCGAUGAACAGAACUCCAGCAUGCCUUCCUCCCCACGGCAGGAGAUGAGCCUCCGUCAGUCUGCUGAGGGGGAGGUAGUCAACCCCCUAGUCCCUGGGGACGGUGGCGGGGGUGGGGAUGGAAUGAGUGACGGUGAGACCGGCAGUUCCCUGACAGCACCCUCUGUGGUCAGUGGAGGAGCAGCUGGCAACAGGAGGGUGUUCCUUAGAUCAUGGAGCAGCCAGUCUGGAUACAGCGAUCAAGAAAGAAAUGUCGAAGGUUCAGGUUUAAGUGAUGCACAUCAAACGCCAACUCCAGAGAUGUCUGGCCUUGCCGCUCACUUCUUGCUGCCCUCCAUGAGACCCAAGUCGGCUGGUUCCAUGAACGAUCUGCCCCACAGUCCUGAACUGAGACCCCUGAGCAAUGCUAGCAGCUUCCACUUUGAUGAGGCGGUGUUCAGCUCCUCACAGGAGGGGCUGCACCACAGAUUCUGGACUAGUGGUAUGAUAGAUGGAGGUAUGAUGGAGGAGGAUAGACGGGGGAACGGCACUGAGGACGAGGAGGAUCAAGAUGCUGACAAGACACUGAUUGGUGCUACAGGAAGUAGAGAGUUGGAUGACAAUGAGGAUGAUAUCAAUACUGAGCAAGAUAUCCUGCAGAUUCAGCAGAUGAUGAGUGACUUUGGCCGAACUCCUACUGCAUCAAGCAGCAACCAGAGCAGGGUGUACAAUCCUUUUGACAGCAUGCAGAAUGAUUCGCACCGGAGCAAUGUUCAUGAUGUGGAAUUCCCUGAAUAUGAUGGUGAAUUUAUUACCCAAGGUGACGCAGAAGCAGUCCUAGAAGAGGACCAAAAAGAAUUUGAGAAGGAACAUGAGUUCAGAGAAGAUGAAUACAUCUCGUCAGACCAAUACUCUGAUCAUGGCGCUUCAAGAUGGACUCCACCUGACAAGAGUCAUGUGACCCUUGGUAGUCCCGGGGUAAAUGAAGAUGAUUGUUUUGAUGAUCGUGUUUCCUUGGGGGAGUUCAUGCGUACCAGAACGGAGGCUCUAGGCUCCCUGUCGGGAGACCGUGGAACCAAGAGGCCGAGCUUUGGCACAGGCCAUAUCAAGACUCCAGAAGGCAGGGAGCCCGUAGCUCUUGUGGAGAUGUCAAGACUUAGUCUGGUGUCUGAGGAGCAAGAGAGAGAUGAGGCAAGGAUGCAAGGCAUAUUGGCCAUGGAGGACCUGGGAGAAAGCAUCAGGUUUGCUGGAGUGGGCUCAGAUACUGAAGAGCAUCAUCAGCAAAGACACAAGUCUGCAUCACAAGCCCCAUCUCAACUAGUUGAAGACAGCUAUUCAUCGUUGGCUGAGUUAGAUGGCUACUCAGCUGGUAAGGAGUCCAUGCCCAUGGCGAGCCUUUACUUCAGAGCUGCAGAUCCAGAGGGGUCUGCUGUCAACGAUCAGCAGCAACUACUACAGCGGAGCGCUUCAGAGGAUCCCCAAAUGGCUGCCUUGGAUCUUGAGGAUCUGAGCUUGAUGGACGACAAUGAUGUGGACAGUCGUAAUGAUUCUAAGGGUGCGUCCAGAUUUAGCAGGAUGGAUGGUGAUUUAAACCACACUCCAGUUGCAGAAACACUAGAUAUAAGCCAGACCAUACCUUCGACCUUUUCCUCAAAGCCGAACCUGAAGGUGCCGCCUUUUCAAGAGGUCACUCCAAUGAUUCCAAGACAAAUCCUUCAUUUGAGAGAAGAGAGCGAGCCAGAUGGAACGAGGACACCUCCAAUUGCGACGUCUUCUAUUGCAGCCGCCAUUAUCAAUGCCUCCAGCACUACAAAACCGGAGGAAUUUGCUGCCAUGAUCGUUGCCUUGUCGAACAAGAACAGAAAAAUCAAGAAGGCACCAUCUGCUGAUCCUGACAAAGCAGAACCUAUGAACAGGCCGAAGUCAGUUGAUGUGCAUUCUGAGAAUACAAACCCCAAACAUUCGGAGCAAAAGUCCCCAAGGAAACAGAGAUGUAAUUCCAGUUCAGUGCUUUCCAAAAAGCAGGAGUCAUAUCACAAACCUUCUGUUGGGAAUCCUGCGGAAGUGACAGACAGAGCGAUAAAUUUACCAGGUUCGAACAAGAGCAGAAAUGCCGGGGAAUCACGUCCAGAUUCAGAAGGACGUUAUGGUACAACGAGAGCAAGAGCAGAUCAUGAAUUUCAAAUGCCUGGGAUGGACAUGUUUCCAAAACAGAAGCCUGCAAGUCAUAAAUCACACUCACCUCCACAGAUGGAAAUCCAGGAUGGAACAUCUGCAAAGCGUACAGAUCAGAGAAUCAGAAGUCCAUCCAGUCCUUUUGAAAGUUCACAGAGGAAUGAGAAAUCUAGAGAUGGCGUGAAGGUAACACGUGAGGCUCAUUCCGAGCAGCAGUCGAGCAGCACUACCGUCUCGAGCAUAUCUGCAAAGCAAAAGACUCAGAAUAUGGAAAAGUCUCCGAGAGAAUCUGCUGAUAGUAGUAUUAUGAAAGAGUUAGUCGGUAUGGAAUUGUCAUUUGACUCGAGAAUGAAAGUUCACGCUGAACGCAUCAAGAUCAUUCAGAGAGCCGAGGAGGCAUGGGACGGAACUUUACAGGCUGGUAGAGACUCAUCUGAAUCCUUGGACAGCGAUACUUUGUUAUGGACACCAAGAUCAUCAGUGGAAAGCCAUGGUAGAAUCCAAAGUAAGCCUGAAGUCAGCCCAAAGAGUACAAAUGGACUUGCCAAAAAGUUAUCCUCAGGUUAUCAAAAAGAUCCGAAAGGCAGAACUGAAACAGGACCUGGAAGAAGGGAUGAUAAGAAGACCAAACUCUCUCCAAAGAUUUACAGAUCCAAGGAUGGAUCAUCAACUGCACGAAAAACUGGAAAGUCAAGAAUCAAAGAACCCGAGGACCUCUUCAGAGAAGCUGGAGACUUCACUGGAAAUUCUCGGAAAGAACGGUCUUUGCAGUCUUCUCAGAAAAAUGAUAAUUCAAAUUUUAAAGAGACUCAAGGACACGGUAACAUUCAGACAGACCUUCUGAAAGAAAGUUCACCAAAAAAUCAUGAGGGUACUACAAGAGGAAGCACGCGCGUUGAAACUGCUACGCAUGGAAAUAUUCUAAAUAAGGACUUUUCUUCUGAUGACGAAAAUGAUGAUUUACCGGGAAAACAGCAAUCAUGGAGUGAGUAUCAUUCAAGCAGGCAGCCUAGUUUUAAAGGUCGGAAGCUAGAACCAGAGAAGCCGCGAGGCUUUCAGAGAAGAGACCCACAGACUCAUUUUGAUGGUGGGGAUCAGGAGAAGAAAGUGCAGUCUCCUGCAACCAAACAAGAUGGAAAACCUCCAGAUGAUCAGUCACGCAGAAAAAGCCAGCAAGAUGCCCCUUCACCUGCUAGAGAGCAUCAGAGACUCUCUGCCUCUCCAAACGCUACACCAUCGGCAAACAAGUCACCUGCUUCCCUCUACUCAACCAGCAGUAGCUUGAGCGAGUCAGCCACACAGACUAGUGAUGAUGAUACCACAAACUCCCCAUCUGCACAAACGUCAACAAAACCCAAACCCUCUCAACCUUACGGGCCACCCAUUCAAUCCUUUCAAGUUUUUCCUAAGGAUCAGCGUGUCUCAGCUUGUGCCUCAUCAACUACUCCGACUCUUUUGACCAGCCAAAGUCUCUUAACAGAUGCCUUGCUGAAGCAGUACUUGCAUGAGCAGGCAGUAACCACCAGACCACCAAGUACCUUAUCAGUUGCCCCUUCCUACAUCAGCGGUCAACUUAUGAAAAGUCUUGAUGUAGCCCAGACGGGUACAAGUGUAAAUCCAGCUUUAGUCAGUGCAUCCACAAUGCCUAAUGUAGCACCUCAAUCCUCAAAUUUGGGUUUGACACAAACACUUCCAACACUUACCAUCAACACCGGAGAGGGUACCCGUUGUCCAAACCAGUUUCAGAAUCUCGAUCCUUCUUAUCCACCCAUCUCUGCUGCCGGAGCACAUCAUCUUCUGACAAGCACAAGAGACCUGGGUCCAAUGCUUGACAGAGUUUCAAUUCCUGGUCAGAUCUCCAGUAUGGACACUGGUGUGUCAUACCCUCCCCCUUAUCCCGCUUCUGCCACCAUGCCUGUAGUGCCACUCCGGUCAAACCAAACCAGUGUACCCAGCAUAUAUCCAGCCAGUGUGCAUGGAUUUGGCAGCCUAUCAGCUACAAGCUUUGCUGCACUCCCUACCUAUCAGGGAGCUCCUGUCUCCGGUUAUCCAAUGACGGUCAUUCCAAGCCGACCAGGAACUGCUCAAGAACAUGGGCCUCCACAGCCAACCAGGGUGAAUGCUCAGAGCAUCAACCCAGUGGAGGUUAGCUCUAUCAACAUCAAGGGUGUGUGCUGCAUAGGGAUAGCUAAACAAGCUGUGUUGCCCUUGAAGAACCCAGGACCACGCUGGCUACAGUGCCACAUGGAGGUGGUAUCUGUUAGCAUCAAUGGGGAGGAGCUUCCUCCAGGCAGCCUGACCUCCUUCCUGGUCAAGCGACGUACCAUCAUCAGUCCUCAGAACUCAGAGGACAUCAAGGUGGUCUUCGUACCCCACCAGCCAGGCAUCUAUGUAGCUCAGGUCUUGGUCAGCUCUAGUCCUGUAGUGGCUGACGGGGAAGUAGCUUAUCUCAGUCAGGGAGUACCGGUCACUAUCAUUGCCCGGGCAGAGAAGCCAAACAUUGGGUUCAAAGGAGCUCAGAAUGGUACCCUUGACCUGGGUGUGCUGAGCUAUGGCAAGGAGAGAUCGGCACCCAUCUAUCUGGUCAACCAGGGGUCCUCAACAGUUCCCUUACGUCUUCUCAUCAAAGUGAACUCAUCAGCGUGGCACUCAUUCUACCUGCACACCGGUGACUCGAAGGCCAAUCCAGACUCUGUCUCUGGUCUCAACCUGCCCAGCCACAUCACUCUAGAAGGCCAAAAUGACACCUCCACCUUGUGGGUUCACUUCAGGGCUUGCCAGCGGGAUAAGGCUGGGUCCGUGGAUGCACCAGAGCAAGUCUCGGCUAAGUUGGAGGUGUGGCUAGACGUCCCAGAAGGAGGCGCGCUUCCCAUCACUAGUGCGACCCUGAGAGCGACCGUGGGGCUUGCCAAGUUGAAUAUUCCUAGAGCUUUAACGAAAGAGAUCAGCCUGAAGUCCAACCAAGGUGAACACAUCGCUCGUAAGCUACCUCUCAAGAACACUGGCAACAUCCAUCUGGACUUGGAGUUGAAUGUCAUGUCAGCUCAAGGUCUCUUCAGUGCAGUACCUCAAGCCAUAUUGCUUGCCCCUGGUCAAGAGGUUGAUGCCUUGAUCAAGUAUUCACCUAAGCAGGUGCCUUCCUUGGAUACAGGGCAAUUGACAAUGUGUGCCAGGCCGGACGGUCCAUCCUAUGAGGUCAUGCUCCGUGGGGAAGCUGUAGAGAAAUCUCUGGAUAGUACUAAGCCUCACUUCCUGGUCAAUAGACACUACAUCUCCUGGGGUGGUGUGCCCAUUGGCAGGGCCCUACAGCAGAAGAUUACAAUACGCAGCUGUAGCAAGACAGAUGUGCUGAAACUCAAGCUCUACAUUACAGAGAACAAGCAGGAUUUUCAGCUUUUAAAUCCAUUUAAGACUGGUGAGUGGUCGACUGAUGACAGUCAAUAUGUAACAUUGCAACCUAUGGAGGACCUCCUUGUGCAUGUUCUAUUCUCCCCUACUGCUGUGGCAACCAGCCAGGCUAAACUCAACAUCAAACCACAGGCUAGCAACUUCAAGUACACUGUUCCGUUAAGUGGCUAUGGUGGAGUCAGCAAGCUCAUAUUAGAAAACGUGCGUGAGACUGAGCAUGGUUUAUAUAGUGUCAGUAUUGGCCAGGGAAGCACCAAACGUGGUACGGUCUGUACUGUUACCGUCUCCAAUGUUGGACGCAGGAGUGCUUUUGUAAAGGCCUUGGGGUUUCAGGAUGAGGAGGGUAGAGACAAGCUCCUGAGUAGCCAGCUGCAAGUGGAGCCAGCUGAGUUCAUCUUACAGGCAAAGACUCAGAGGAGAUUGACGAUAACACUGCCUGGUCUAGAGAUCAAGAAGAGACCGGGAAUGACAGAAGGCUUCCUGGCAGGGGUGGGGCUGUUCUAUGGAGAUGAGAUAUCCCGACAGCAACAUAGAAGGGCUCUGAGACACAAAGACAGUGAGGCUGUGAGUUUAUCGGAACACAACCCACUGCGUGGAAUCUCAUUUGACUUGCCGAUCCCUGGGGAAGCUAAGGUUAACGAAGUCUGUGAUCUUCCUUGGAGAAGCGGUGAUCUGAAUCUGUUUUAUCGCUGCAUAUCUCGCCUCAUGCUGCACCUGACUGGCCAUGUACUACGCAUGGAGGAUCAUCCCUCCCCGGUGACUACGUCUUCAUUGUCUCCUGUGAAAACAUUGGAGAAUGCUAACAAUGGGACGAAGAAUGAAGUAGAAUCCAAAGGCCCGUCAAGCAGGCAAAUGACAGUGCCCAAUACCCCUCCAGUCAAAGGCACCCCAGCAGGCCGUCGUACUGUCAUUCCAGUCAGCUCCACCUCACAUUCUAGAUCACCUGAUGUAAUGGUAGGCCAAUCCUCAGUCAGUCAGGCUAGUGUAGAUAGGAUUGAGGAGUCGUGGAGUGUUCAUCCACAGCAGCUGCUACUGACUACACCAGGAGCUGACCUAGGCGUGCAGAAGAGCCACAGCAUCCGAUUGGCCAACCACUCAGUCAGGCACUUGAGGUUUGAAACAAUGCUGUUAGCUGUAAAAUGCUAUACAUAUACAGAGCAUCAAUGCAUCCAGAAGAGUGCCAUGCCAAAGAAAGAGAGCGGAAUAGCAAGAUCAGGGAGCAAUUACACAUGAGAAAUACACACAAGGAGAAAUGAACUUGUGAAAUUUAAGGAUA